CGUUCAAAAAAUUAACGAAAUCGCUAAAUAGUAAAGUACGUUAGAAGCAAAGAGAGUGAUAGAAAUCAAUAAAGGUCUCGCAGUUGACUUUUGUAUUUUAAAGUUUAGAAAUUCAUAUUAUCGAGUAGAGAGAUCUUGGGAGUCGAUUCUGUAUUUCCGAAGAAAGUGAAAAUAUUAUGAAAAGUAAGGAGCAUUGUUUCCACUGAUUGAUGUAUACUUUUACAAUUAACAAUAUAUACCAAUCACUGUUGCUCACUUUUCACAUUUUUACUUCUUUAGAAACACAGAAUUGACCCCCCUUGUCGAAGGACAAUUUCCAGAGCUGAACUUGAUCACGUGUGUAAAUACGUAAUUUUCGUCACAACAAUUUGCUGCCAUUUUUAAACUGGAUAACAGGCUCGUUAAACUUUCGCGCCUAAAGCUUUUUGCAUGAUUGCAUUGUCCACGUUCGCGAUUCAAUUGUCUUCGUCAAUCUGUCGGACCCGGCGAGGGCGGCUCGAUCGGGCUUGACCAGGCUCAACGUCUGUGGCGAUAUCUGGCCAUCCCUUUAGCCAAAACUAAACUUAUCUACCUUAAAUAAAUAAAGUGUUCGGUGAGACAAAGAGUCGCGCCGCGAGCAAGUGUUCAUGGGUAAGCGAGGCGGAACGGCGGCCAAUCGCCAGUUUCAAACGAGAUCUGUGCGUGUUAGAACUCGUCGUCGACCGUCUGGUUCUACGCUCGAUCCGACUAUUCAGCAGAACCGUCGUCGCGUACACGACGACAUGCUUCGUCCCUCGUCGUCGGGAAGCAAGAUGUAUCCGUGCAUUGCGGACGUGUCCCGCAGGAAGACUUCGCGCGACAGGUUGUCGUCGCCGCGCGAUUACCGAGUCCCCAGCACGAAGCUCAGGAACGUGAUUUGCGUCGUCUGCAGGUGCAAGUUCUACGUGUCAGAUGUAUCAAACCUGAAUAAUCUCAAUGGAUCGAUAUCGAAAGGAACUCUGGUACCAUUGCUGUUGGAUUGUGGACAUCCAAUAUGCAAUAAAUGUAACAGGAAAAUCAAAAUUAGAAGUUGUAUUCCAUGUAAUAAAAUCUUUCUGGACAAUAAUGUGCAGGGUUUGCUUCCAUUGAAUUUAUAUGCACUAGGAUUGAUUAUUUCAUCCUAUCAUCGUCCACUGCAGAUUGACGAUGACGAAUUUUCGUUUUGUCAUAAAUUAUCUGUACAGCUGCGGGAGGUAGCAAACACAGGAUGUUGCCAUGAAUGUGGGAAUCGAGCAAAUGUUAAGUGUCCACAAUGCAUGGUUCUCUAUUGCCACUGCUGCUAUUUAAAAAUUCAUGGAAGAGCAUUACAGAGUCACACAAAAAUUCCAAUAAGUGAAGAAGACUCCAACAACCCCGCUGCUCUCUUGAAUAGCUGUUCGUCAACAUGUACAGAGAUGUUAAGCCGUUUUUGUAAUGACUGUAACGUGGCUGGUUGUUCAAAUUGUUUUUUCAACUCCCACAAACUACAUGAUCAUGUAUCAUUGUCAGUAAAGAACCAGACCAUGAUAGAUGAGUUCAACGAGACUUAUAUGAACAUCGAAGAUACGCUGCUACGUGUUUGUGAGACAAAAGAGAAAGUAAAUUCAGCGAUUAUAUCCAAUACGUACAACUUGCAAAAUAGCGAAGCCAUCGAAGCAUCAAUCGCCCAACAUUUUGCGUAUCUACACGGCGUUCUCCAAAACACGGAAGCGAAAUUGAUGAACCAGCUGCAACAGCAAGAUGAUAUCCUCAAGAAUAAUUUAGAGGAAAUCCAAACACAGCUUAGUUCACAGGAGGCAAAGUUGAAGUUGACGUUACAGAUAGCCUCCUACGUGAAAGAAACCUUCCACAAGGUGGACGUACAAAAUGCGAUAAACAUUCUUACGGAAAUGGCGGAUCUCCCUUGCCAUCUUAUGUACAAGGACAUGGGCCAGAAUCACAACGCAAAACUUAUCAUCGAUAACUCGAUCGUCGCAGCCAUAGAAGAUCACUGUACAAUCGAAUUGCCACCAGUCUCAUCCUAUAGUCUUUUGAGAAAAGAUGAGCUACCAAAGAAUUACAUGGUGUCACCUUUACCAAAAAAACCGCGUACAACUAAACAAUUACAAAAUGAUAUAGAGAUCAUUGAUUUACAAUCGUCUGUAAUACAACCAUCGUCAAGUGAACCGUCACUGAAUAAACCAUCACUAAGUGAACCAUCACCAUCGACAUCCAUCAAGACGGAAAAUAAAAAAGAAGAAAGCAUUUCCGAGUUUAAGGUGAAAGUGACGUACACUGUCAAUCCAUCGUUGUUCUUCGUCCAAAAAGUGGCCACGAAAGCGGACUUCAUGCAGUUGGAGAAAGACCUGAUAAUAUACGCAAACAAUUACAAACAAGAAGCCCCGAUAAAUAUUAAUCAGGAUGACAUGUGCAUUGUUAAACAGUGGAAAACAGUACCGGAUGGUACUGAGUGGUAUCGAGGAAGCGUAAAGUUGGUGACCAAGACUAAAGAUGGCGGAAAGAUAUACAAUGUACUUUACAUAGACUAUGGCUAUGAGGAAUACAACGUAGUGGCCCCGAGAGUGUUAGAAAUCCCUGACCAUUUACAAACACUGCCACCACAAGCGAUUCGAUGCAGCUUGCAUGGCGUGGUACCCAAGAAUAUGUUCUGGACGAAGUCGAGCAUAAAUGACUUCAUGCGGCUGAUCAGUGGAAUUGAAUGCACGAUGUCCGUCAUUAAAUCCACCCCUGACAUGCUAUAUGUCGAUCUAUGUUUAAUCCAUACUAAUAUGGGUCCACAAUCAAUGUGUACCACUAUGAAAAUGAUGAAUCACGCGCGUUUGGAUAUAAAUCAAAAUAGUGCCCAAAAAUCGGAAACUACUUAUGUUUAUAACAAAGAAGGACUUAUAUUAAAUAAGACGGUGAUAGUUAAUGUUGGCUGGAUUGACUCUCCGGAUCAAAUUUAUGUCUCUAAAGCAACGCUAAAAAGUCAGUUUUUGAAACUAAGAAAUGAGCUGAAUGAGUAUUAUAAAAAAGAAACUUCGGCAAAAAUGAUUGAAACACCACAGAAAGGUUUACCAUGUGCUGUGCAAUUAGACAAUGAUAUCUGGUAUCGCGGCGAAAUCACUGAAAUAGUUAAUGAAAAUCAAGUUAAAGUGUUUUGCGUGGAUUGGGGACGUACCUUACUUCAAGACCGCGAUGCAUUACGAGUGAUUCCACAUAGAUACACCAUAUUUAAGGCGCAAGCCAUAAAAAUAUCGUUAAUGUAUGUCGCGGCUCAACCUGAUGGAACAUGGAAACCAGAAGCUUGUGAAACUUUGAUGACUCUUUUCAAUGAAGCAAAAUGUAUCCUGGUGAAUCCUCGAAAACAAAUAGAGAACGGAUAUAUCGGAUGUAUGUACAACGACAAUGUCGACAUCAGCCGACAGUUAAAAAGCGCAGGCGUCGUUAACGAUUUUAAUAUGAGCAAAUUGAAGAAAAAAUCACGAACCCUUAAAUAUCCUUCAAUAGCAUGUCCUUCAGAACUGGAGAAAACUGAUGAUACUGUCAAAGACUUUUCCAUUUUGUUAGAUGACACGGAGAGUAUAAUCAGUAAAGACGAGACACCUAAAGAUCCGUUCAAAGUAGAAGUACGUGUUCAACGAGUGGUUACACCAGAUUGCAUCUACGUUGCGCAGGCAGAAUAUGAAAAAUCAAACGCAAAAAUGGUUUCUGCAAUGCAAAAAUUCUAUGAUAACUUUCUCUCCGCACCGCGAGACAAUUGGAAAGAAGGCGCACUUUGCGCUGUGUAUUCCGUAAAGGACAAGUCCUACUUCCGCGCGAAAAUAUUGAAGAUAACAUCUCCAACAGAGGUGUUGGUUUAUUUCUACGACAUGGGUAUUGAAGAAACGGUGACAAUGAAGGAUAUACAAAUUCUCCAUUCAAAAUUUGCUAAGGAAAUGACAUAUUGCUUCAAAGUGAAGCUGGCUGGUAUUUUGCCCUGCGGCGGAUCAUCCUCGUGGCCAUCGUUAUCCUGCUUAACGCUAUCUGAGAUUAUACGAGAUAAUGCAUAUUGUAAAUUUUAUAUCACUAAACCGGUUCAAGAAGAAAUGUCAGAUGACGUGGUACCUGUUGAGCUUUGGGUAAGACAGGCGAAAAUACCAGGGCCAUUAGCACCGACUAAAAUAGAGAUAAAUUCUGUCAACCGAAUGUUAGUGGAAAAGGGUGUCGCCUUGCCCAUUAAGAAUUACUUCGCACAAGCAGACUCGACUCUCGCUAAAGAAUUUAAGCAGCAGUUGGAGAGCGGUAAUUGGAUCGCGACAUUUGAUGAAGAAGUGAAAUGGUUUAACAAGGCGGACGAGACUGAAAUGAACGAUUCCACGAUAUCGCAUAAAACCGAUCCGUCGUAUCAUAAUAAUAUUGACAUUUUAAACACUUCAACUUGGAAUAUUAAAUCCAAUGAUACUAUGACAAAUCGUGAGUGUGCAGAGAAGUUCUCAGACUGGUUACCACCGAACGAAAUAACGGAAGAAGUGUUUCAUUCCAUACCAACGUAUGUGGAUAACAAAUGUGUCGUGUACUUACAUUCUAAGAAAUAUAAUGCCGAUAUGCUGCACUAUAUAGAAACCGAGUUGCAAAAUCAUUAUAAGAAUAUUAAAAUAAACAAAGAAAAACAAUGGAAAGAAGGAGAAAUAUGUAUCGCUCAAUAUCAUUAUAAUCAAAAGUGGUAUAGAGGUAGAAUUGCAAAAAAUUUAGGAAAUAUAUUACAGGUGGAAUUUGUCGAUUACGGCAAUGUGGAAGACUGCGAGAGAGAGCAUGUAACAGAUUAUGUUAGACUGGGACACAUUCCUAUCCAGUGCACAAAAUGCGUCAUCAGUGGAUUAAGACCGGCAUCCCCAAGUGGUAAAUGGAUGUUGCAUGAUCUAGAUCGCAUACACGCGCUUCUUGUUGAUCAAGAAUGUAAGGUGUCCAUUUUACAACGUCAACCCGCAUAUUUAUCUGUAUCAAUAACAUUAUUGCGGCCAUGGAAAUGCGACCUUUUGUUGUACCUCACAAAUCAUAUGGAUAUGAAUAUCAAGAUCGAACGAAAGGACUGGAACGAUUCGGAUAAUUCCGAUGAAGAUUUGAACUCCACUAGGGAUGUUGUGAUUGAAGAUACAAUAAGCGACUACGAUAAGCUAUGCACAGCCGAUACUGUCAAAAAAUCUUUAUCAGAAACAAAUACGCUGAAUAAUACAUUAAACGAGAAUCUGAUUAAUGAUAAUUUAAUAGAGCUUUCACAGAUGGAAUUGCUUGAUAUAGUUCCUAGGAACAAACAGGUAUCCGACACCGAAAGUUUAUCUUCGAUAGAAAUGACAAACAUGCAUUUGAUCUCUUCAACACCGCAACCACAAUCGGAGGAAGAAGAGCAGUUUGCCUCAUACAAACAUUUGAUCAUUCCGCAAGAAACAAAAUACAUUGAAUUAAUAUUAUGUUGCAACAAAGACGCCAUCACUUCAUACGCGCAACUGGCGCAAAAUAACGAUGAUAUAUUUUCUAAUGAGCUUCACGAAUAUUACCUACAAUACGAAGCUAUAAUGUCGGAGAUCCAAAGUGAUAUUUGUCAACAACCGUUAAUAACAUCUUUUGCGAUGAAUACUCCAUGUAUUGCGAAAUUUGCCGAUAACACGUGGUAUAGAUGUAUCAUCACUAAUAGCGAAAGAAUUCCAAAUACUCAGUAUAUAAACAUUUCAUUGUAUUACGUCGAUUUUGGUAAUCAUGAAUAUAAAAAAUUGGACGUACUCUCUAAAGACCACAAUUUACGUAUACCAAAGGAAGAAUGGCUGGAAUUACCCGCUAUGGCUAUUAAAUGCACAUUUUGGGGGCUAAACUAUGUCUCCAACGACAUUAGCUUGUUAGCGUCGAAACUAAAUGAAAUAUAUAAUCAAGCGGUCGUGGCCCGAAUUAUAGACAUUAACGAUGGAAAUAAUCUUGUGGUCGAGAUAUAUAAGGACAAAACAUGCCAAGAACUUUUUUAUGCUCAUUUAAUAGAAGAAGGUUUUUAUCAACUUAAAGACUCAAAGAAGACUGAUGAUCAAUAAUAGUUAUUUUCCAAUUUUACUUAAGUCACAUGCAUUUAUUUCAUAAGAUUUGUAUGAUUUAAGUAAGUCGAGAAAAAAUUCAUAACCAUGGAUAGUUUAUUUUGUGUAUGUAUAAAUAGGUUAUGAUUUAUAAGAGAAGCGUUGUAAAAUCUUAUUUUUAUAGAAAUGCAGCGAUCGUAUAUCACGUUUUGCUGUAUUAGGUUUAGAGAUUUUUUAUAUUAUCUCUCUUAUACUAACGUUGUGUACUCUUCGCAAUCUGUUCCUUUAACACUAAGAUACUUUGCCUCUGCUCAGGCGGAAGCAUUGCAAUUUGCUCGUCAGAUAAUUGCAACACUUGCAUUAUCAAGGCCGCCUGCGAAAAAAAUUAUAAUCUUUUAUUCUAAACGUAACUAUACUUAACAUUUUUUUACAUAUGUGAUAAAUUAAAAAAGUAUAUAAAUGUAAUGACACAUUUGACUAUCAUUCUGAUAUGUGCUAUACAGUCAAUCAAAUUCGUUAUGACCUCCUACAUACGUACAAGUGUGUUUUUGUUCUUAUAUUUUAUUUUAUAAAAGCAUAAGUAUUACGAUUAUAUAAGGACAUUUUGUUUGAGAUGACUUUACUCGUUAGAACCAAAUUACAAAAAAAAGCACAAACAAUAAAAGAUAAACAAUCUUGUCAA